UAUAUUUGCUUAAAUUGUCAAAAUUUUGAAAAGUUUUUAUUUUUCCUCACAUAUUUUCUAAAUUGAAUUUUUUAAAUUGUCGAUAAACAUGAUUAGUUAACCCCCGUCAAGGGAUCUAUCUAAAAUGUAUAUUAACCUCCAAAAAACUCUGAAAUUUCAAUAAAAAAUUUCGCUUAUAAUGUCAACAUAUGUGGUGGUAUCAUUGUGUGCUGUAACGGGAGUUGCCGGUUUUAUUUUGGGGGCUCUUGUCCAACAACAUGUCUCAUAUAGAAAAAUAAGAACUAUUAUGGUCACUGAUCCCUAUGUUUUUCAAUGCCGCAAACAUAUUUUCAGAGCCUUAGCUUUUCUUGGCCGCAAGGCCAAAGGAUCCAUAAUAAGUAAUGAAGGGAAGGCUAAAAUCACUGCAGAAAGGGGAUCGGAACGGCAAGAUAGUAUAUCGAUUUUUGAUCAAUUUAUUCUGUGGAGUCGGACAAGGGCGUAUAAAGCAAUCAUGUUCAUGACAUUUUCCGUGGGACAAGAUGGCUAUCCGCAUGAGGAAAUCGCUCAUGUGGCUGGAAUUAUGAAGUACGGCUUUCCAGGAAUGGAUGAAAUUCAUGUCUACAAAAAUUUCGUUCUUUCCUACGAUCGUCGCAAUCGUAUUGCCCAUUGGGUAUGUGAGCACCUCAAUUCGGACUGUUUAAGGAUCCGAGAUCUUAAGACGUUGCACAAACCGAAUGAAUACCUAACGGAUAACACCAUACCGCCAAUGUUCAGUGCUAAUAUGCGGGACUUUAAAAAUAGCGAUUGGGUUGGCGGUCAUUUGGCCUCGCCGCAAAACUACAAAUGCGAUAUACUGAGAUUUACGGAAGCCUACAAGUUUCCCAACAUCGUACCCAUCAAUAGGGGGCUAAAAAACCACAUUUGGCUUCGCUUGGAAAACCGUGUUAGGGAAAUGGCGCUCAGAUUUGGUUCAGUCUACGUUUAUACCGGUCCUCUAUUUAUGCCGCAAAGGAUAACGUUCCGAAACUGGUCAAUACGUCAUCACGUGAUGGGCAUGAACACGGUCGCUGUUCCAACUCAUUUUUUUAAGGUGAUCAUUAGGGACGAUAGUGAAGAAGGCGAUUUACCCCUAAUGGAAGGUUAUGUAGUGCCAAAUGCCGAUGUCGACAAGGAAAUGGAUCUGCGAUCAUUUUUAUGUGAUGUUCGUGACAUUGAGCACUUUGCGGGGCUUAAGUUUUGUGAGGGCUAUCAGAGGGACCAAAUAGAUCUGCCCGUAAGUGCGCCCUCCAUGACGGAUCUUCGAGGAUCAGACUGACAUUAGUUAUGAAAAGAGAAACUAUGUAUGCUUUUAGCAUCAGGCCAAUCUAAUA